AUGGCGGCUAGCAAAAGAAAAGAUCUCGGAGCUCUGAAAUGGCUGCUCAACCCAGCUGCGUCCACCUUUGCUGUGCAGCGCGGCAAUCCAUUGAUGGGGGUCCCCAUAAUCCAUUGCCAGGCACCGCCAAGGACCGAGGAAGGACGUCUCCGCCAGCCAACAUCUCGACUUGGAAGCUACGAGCAGCUCCCACAGCCUCAGACUUAUUUACACACAGAGACUGUCAGCGCUACUACCAACAUGCAGCUCCUGCGCCAGCUCGUACUACUGGCCGUCAUGGCCGUCUCGACCACUGCCACUGCCAAGGUUGCCCCAGACGCCGCCGUGGACGCCGAGCAGUCGCAGCCUCGUACUAACCUGCGUGGCCUCCUGAACAAGAUUGUCAGCAACGACCCCACUCAGGCGCCUGUACGUGUGCUCGCCGCCACUUGGGAGGACGGCAACGUGGGCGACGCCCGUAAACUACGCCGCAUCUCGGAGAAAAUAGUGGGUGGUGAGACGGUGGUUAUGUUUAAUGACCGUCGCUUAAGCAUCGCGGACGAAAUGGAGUCGGCCGUAGUGAACUUUGACGUGCGCUCCAACCCGAACUGCGUUGUCAGCGUCUGUGGUGAGAUGUCCAAGUGGUACUUGGGCUCGAAGGAACAGUGCUUUGACCUGCGCAUCGCCCCCAAAUCCGCGGAUCAGCUGGAGAACGGUCUGAUCCGUGGUGUCUCGGCUGCCUACUCUGGCUUGCGGCCAGUGGCCACCAACUUGUACCUGAAGUUCGACGAAACCAACUUCAUCGACGGCUCCAAGUGCGAGUACGAAAUCCUUUCCGGCAGCAAGACGGUGCGCGAGGAGGAGAUUGCUCGCGGCUCGCAGGCCGCCAUGGCAUAGGCCAGUCACACAGCCUUCUCUUAGUGUAAAGAGCUGUACAAUAGGAUAGACCCCCCCCCACUAUUAUUAACAUGAAAAGCUUGGCAGCAUUUUG